GUCCAACACAUAAUUUGGAUCCAUUUGAAUCCAUUUUCCUGGCUGGUUUUUAUAAUUCAUCUAAAGUUUGUGCUCAAAAUUACAAACCUGAUUUAAAAAAAAAAUUGGUACACGUUUCAAAAAAAAAAAGUGUCAAAAAGUAAAAGCUGUGGUGUGGUAACGCCUUUGAACAUGAAUUUAUACGUCAGUUAGAUUAAGGUUCAAGGGCGUGACCAGACUUUGACAUUCUUGUCAGUUGUUGCAGUUUUAGGAGGUGUGGGUUUGUAGACACUGGCUGUUGUUUGACGUUGUCUUCUCCAUCACUGUUGGUGCUGUUGUUGUUGUCUGUGAAUGGUUGAUGGCCUUGCGCUUCAUUUUGGCUCAACCACGGCAGGGAAACAGCGCUUUCCACUGGUUGCUGUGGAAACAGUCAAACAUCCCAGAGUGCUUUGCCUGCGGCUCCCCUGCAGUGGGCUUAUGAGUAUGACAGUGGCAGUGAAUCUGACGUAGACCGACCGGAUCCAGAUCUGGUAUUGGAUGACUUGGCUAGUAGACGCUUCCACAGCUCACCCCUGGUUCCCCCCACCAAUUAUGCCCUUCCCAUCAGCCCUCUGAUGGGUGUAAGGGGAGCUGAGGGUGGCCCCUGGACCAAGGUCAAAAUGGCUCCCAGUGUGACCGCUCAGCAGAAUGUGACCUGCGCCAGGUCAGAGAACCAGAGGCUUCAUUGUGAUUUGAUUUGCCUGCUUAACGACACCAGACUUGAUGCCUUUGUUACCUUCAGUUUGCAUGGUUGAUGGUAACCAUGAGAAAGAUUUGUGGUGUGGUGUGAUGCAGUUAACAGUGCUUCGUCCUGGGUUUGGUUGUGUUUUUUUAUUUUUUUUGUUGGUUGCGUUGUGUUUUUGCAGUUUGAAGUUUUGCUGUGACGUGCCAUCAUUUGCUCCAUCUGCGUUUUUUUCUGAGCCUGCCGUUUGGUUUAGAGCUUGCACUGGUUUCCUAAUCCAAUCCCUCCGUCAUCUCAUGUGAAGCUGUUGUGCUCCUGGAAUGUUCUCCCCUCUGCGUGACUUUUUCGUACUGCUGUUUAUUCACACCUGUGCUUGGCUGUCUCUUGUGAGCAGCAGCAGCGUCAACACCGAGGAAUUGCCGAACCCUCGGCACAGCCCCGCGAAGGUGGACCACCACCGAGCCGUGCGCACUGACAGCCUGUUCAGAGAGAUUUACGAUGACUCUGACGACGAAGAAGACGACGUGGGCUAUGCUGACCCUGUCCAGGAUGAUCUCUACAGCCGUAAGAUCAGUGUCACACCGCAACCUGCCGCCAACGUACCGUAUGACAAGUUUUUGCCAAAGUUUUGGACGCCUGAGGAAGACGAUCACGUACAGAAGAUCAAACUGGGAUCUCAGAGGAGACCCUGGUACAGAAAAAUGCAAGGCUUCAGCUGUAAGAAGACAAGCUCUUCCUCAGACGAUUCUGACUGUGACUCCGGUCCACGCACCUCCUCUGCCCCUCCUUCCUGCGGCCCCUCCCCCUUUCACUCCCACUCACACAGGGCCUCGGCUCCUGCAACCCUCAUUGUGGGGAAAAGCCCUCACAUCCAAGCACACUCUCCCCCACAGUUACCCAUCUUACAGCCCACUCUUUUCGGGCCUGCCCAGCUAGAGUUUGCCCCUGUGGACCCUGCCUCAGGCCCUAAGCUCAUCAAAGGUGAGAGGUGGCAUCUCCUGGGCCGCAACGACCCCCGGGAACCCCCAGAUCCCUUUGAUUAUGACAGUAUGUCCCCUCACAUGGAGAAUGACGACAUGUUUGCCAGGCGGACUCUGGCCUUCCACCCCAACACAGACAUGGCUAUGACAAAAACACAGCUGUGUAAAAGGCGUCGUCGCUACACGUCUGAGCCACAGCUCAACAUUAUCACCCAACAGCCAGGACGCGAAGACGCCGAGGAGGAUGAAUAUCCCAACAUAGAGCAGGACGACGUGGUGUACCGCAAGGAAAAAACUGAGCAGACUCAGCGACAAAGACCACUCUCCGGAGCCCCCGACAACUACGCACCCAUGCCUAUCCCAGAACCUUGGUCUCUGCCUCCAGAUCUCAAAGCCAGACUCCUGUGUCCACCGUGUCCUCUGACCCACAGAGUCUCCUUAAAUAAAGAAAACCGUGUUCUGAAAGAGAUGCGUCCAAAAACAGAUGACAUGUUGGUCCGUAAGUUUGGGAGUUGCUCUGAUCAGAGCCCGUCGGCAAUUCAAAUGAUGAUGACUCCGUCGUUGCCUUCUUCUUGUAGUGACAGUGACCUGCAGAAGUGGCAGGAGAUCAGAGAAGCCAGUCAGAUCAGAUAUAAGAAAAAGCGAAUGGUUGAAAUGCUUGCUGCUCUUAAGCUGUAGAACCAGAUUUAGUAGUGCCUGCUGCUUCAACUUUACUCUGACAGAGUGUUCUGUUACUGUCUUUCAUUUUUAUUUAAAGGAUAGUUCAUCUUCCCUGGUUUAAUAACUGAAUCACAGAGCACAUGUUAAUCAAGUCCAGGACAUUGAUAUAAAGUUGCCUUUUGUUUGCAGAAGCUCUUUAUGUCUGUACCACAAUAAACAAAACUGACAUUAGUGAAGAUGGAUUGUAGCCAAAGGAACCUGAUUUGUUGGCUCACUUGAAUUGAUGUUAUAAAUGGAUUGAGAAAUAACUCAUUCGAAACAAAGUUGCCUUCGUAGUUAUGAUCUACUUCCACUGCGUCACUACAUAGGCAGCAUUUUCCGGAUGAAUUGCUUUUUUAAAGUGUGAUUUCAUCGCAAAUUUCAUCAAUCGCAUUGUCUGUGAAUUCUGGAUUGUACGUUGUUUUUCUGUCCAUAUCUGACUAGUUUGUCUAAAACAUGUCAUAUAAUAAAAAAGUGAAGCUGCGUUAGUGAUGAAGCUUUGCGUCAGACUGACCAUUUGUUGAACUUCCACACUACAGCAACACGACUUUGACCAGAGUACUGACUGUUUUCCUCAGCACGCGGGAACUCCACACUGACGUGUGAAGCUCAGAGUGCAGCGGCAGCAGCAACACGGCAGUGUGGAAAUACUGAGUAACAUCCAGACACAUCAUGUACCAUCAUGCACAACAGUCCUGUUGAUUCCAGCAUCAGACCUAUAGAAAUUCCCAAGGGCUUAGAACGAGGGUGUGACAUGUGGACUCCAUAGAAACCGGGACACAAAUCUACGGAGCAGUGUUUGCACAUUUACACAGACAUACAGGCAUUCAACAAAGCAGGCAUUUAAACCACCGUCGAGCCCAUCUGGAUUUACUUCACGUCCAUAUGCUGAGUCCCGCUCCGUCUGACAUCAUGCCGCAGUUUGUAGAAAGGCCACAUUGUUUUGGGAGACGUUCAUGUCCACACACCUCCUGGGUCAGACUUUAGGGAGAGGAGAGGUGAGACUUCACUGAAGGCAUUCUUCUCCUCCGUACACCUUGAACUUUAUCCUCAUUUGAAAACAGAACAAACAAGAGCAGCCAUCUAUUAAAAUAUGAAUGGACUUUCUCCAACAAUGUCUCAGUAAUGUUUUUAGAUUCUCAAAAAUGAACACAGUCUGGUUUCUGUGCUGCUCUUUGACAGUAAACUUAAACCUGAGUCAAUCAAUCAAUAAAACUAUUAUAAACUCAUGAUUAUUUACCGUUAUGUAUUGGUCCCCUCAAUUUAAUAAUUAAUAAUAAUUAUUAUUAAUUAUUAAAAUGGUUCUCUUUUUGGGCAAACCAGACUGAAUGACUAAAUUCUAUAUUCAGUUUUUGAUCAUUUUGGAUAAAUUUCUGAUAAGUAUUUCCACCCUAAUAUUUUUCUUUUUAUUUAACAAUUAUAUUAUUUUUAACAUUUUGUCAUACAUAUCAUAUAUUUUUAUCUAUAAUUUUACUACUACUAUAUCCUACUACUAUAGUCUACUAUAUCCUAUAAUUGUUUUCUUGGAGGCAUGGAUGUGAAGCUGACCUUCACCCUGCAACUCGUGUCUACUAUAGGUUUAGACAAGAGCUCUAAACCUUUGGGUCAACACUGCCCCCUACUGAUUUUCUCUCCCUAGGACUUUAACCCAAAAAUGUUGUGAGAACAAAACAAAAACAGAACAAUCCAGACAGAGGGCAGCAUAGAGCCAAUACACCAAACAUUUACUACAUUACUGACACUAUGACUUUUAUUUUAUUUUAUUUACAGAAUAUAUGAGAAAGGGGUUUCUAACAGCGACGUUUUUAUUGUUGCUGUAAUUUUAACAAAAAGAAUGUAUCAGCUUCAUAUGACACGAAGAAAUAUUUAAUCCCUACUGCGUCCCUCGUCAAGGUUUGGUCUCAUCCCGGAAUAAAAAAAAAACCCUGCAGAGAUUUGAUUUUGUUUGUCUGUGGUUUUUUUUUGGUUUUCUAGAAACAACCAAACUGAGGAGAGUACGGACGAUGGGUGAGUCGAUCUGGGAAUGUGGCACCUCAUUUACUCAUGGCCUGGUACACUCACCGACUCCUGCUUUUGUCGUCUCUGUUUUUCCACACACUAACUACUAAAUGCUGACAUGCGACAACCUGCAUUGUGUUGAGGUUCAGGGUGGAGCGUGGGGCGGUGAGGUGAGGGGCUGUAAGUCCACAAAGCUCUGAGGACAAAAACAGUAGGAUGAGGACAAUAGCAGUUAGCUGGGUCAUCUCCCCAAACUGUACUGUGUGUCCGGUCAUAACAAACUGAUGGUGAAGUGAAACAGUAAGUUAGGCUUUUCAUAGGCGUUGAUCGUCUGCAUGGAGGGAAAUGCUUUGAUUUUCAUUACUAACAAGGAAACUGUGGUGCAAACUAACACGUGGAUGAAGACUGUUCUUUUUUUCGUUCUUAUUUCAGCUUUAACAUCGGACAAUAUUUAUAAUCACUUCCAAGGGUUC